GGUCUUAUAGAGCUCAAUGAGUAAAUGCGAUAAUAAAGUAAAAAUAAAUAAUGAAUUUUUAACUAAUAUGAAUAGGUAAUUUUUGAAUUUCAAACAUCAGUCGCGCGACGGAUUUGACAUACUCUAGAUCCGCCCCUGUAAAUAUCUUCAAAGAAGAAGGAGUCUCUUCUCCAUUAGAACAGCAAAAGUAAACAAGAAGAUUCAAGAGCAAUUUUUUUGGAUCUUGUGAAAAUAUCUGAAGACAGCCUGUUUUCAUUGUAUGAACGUCAAAGAGAUACCAUAGCAGAUUAUGAUGAUUACUAUUUGCAUCGUUGCCUUAUUUGUAUUGGUGAAUUUUGCUGAACCAAGUGAAAACUGCAACACUAGAUUUGAACGGAAAUACAAACUUAAAAACUGUAGCUGCUCAAUACCGGUCAAACAACUACCAAAAAACUGUAUAGAUAUCAGAAAAGAGAUUCGUAAGAAUGAAUGGGAAAGGACUUACGGAAAGGUUCAUUUAGCGAUUAUAGCUGUGGGACCAGUUGGAAUUAUUUUAAACACUUUACUGGUUUUGGUAAUGCUUCGUGAUCCCAUGAAGAUCCUUCAUCGUGGAGCAUGGAUAACAAUCCUUAAUCUUUCUUUGUCCGACACAAUGGCUUGCUCAGCAAGAGUGGCAUCUUCAAUUAUCGUAAAAUGGUGGGAUAUUGAAGUAAACAACAAGUCCAAAAUUUAUACAGAGUUCUUCUGGCAAUUUGGUGUAGUUGGCUCAUUCUUUUUUCUUACGCUCCUCACAGUCCAAACUUUCAUGAUAGUUAAAUAUCCCAUAAGAAGCCGCCUUGUCAUGACAAGAAGAAGAGUUUCACUUAUCAUUGGGAUUGUGUGGGUUAUGUCGUUGGCGCUUGCUCUACCUGAAAUUGACGACAUUUCUAAAGAUAAAAGAUGGUAUUUUUUCGUGGCAACCAUUUCUGUUUUGGAGUUGGCAACAAUCAUUCAGAUCAUAAUGAAAACAUUCAUAAUAAAAGAAAUUCUCUCACCUAGAGAAAUGAUGACAAACGACACCAGAAACAAGCAGCAAAGAGAAGUUGCCAAAACUGUUAUCCUACUCAAUGCUAUUCUUAUUGUUACAGCCCUUCCAUACUUUAUUGCCAAACAGGUUGAGUACAUACACAGAUUAAAUGGUGGAUCUGAUGAUUUGAAGGUUAAACUUCCAUAUUACUACGAGCCCAUUGCCAUGAUCAAUUUUGUCGCCAAUCCAUUAGUUUAUUCACUUCGUCUGAAAGAUUAUCGCAAAAGUUUACUUCACUUGUUUUUCCGUUUAAAAAAAAAUCGUGUUCCUUCAGCGAAGCAUAGCAAGAAAACUAUGACUACAAAUAUGUAGAGUAUUUACGUAAGUCAUUCUCGUUCUUCAGCGUACGUUUCUACCGCAUUUUGUUGAAGUCUAAAUGAUGGAUGGCUCUACCAAAUUCAACUGUUAUUUCUCGCAUUUCUUCAUUUUAACAAUUCUUGUUUAUGUCAUAGAUAUUAAUUUCACUACUAAUUUAUUUUGUUAGCAACAUUCAUCAUUGGAAGUGCACUUGAGGCACUAUAAUUUUGCCAUGGUCCAUGUAUAUAUGUAAUAUGUGCGAUGUAAACGGCUUCUAUAUUAAACGGCUUAUAUUUAUAUCUUAAAGCUCAAACCAAUCCCAAACUUGUACAACUGUUUCAUUUCUUUGAUAAUAAUGAAAUGCUCAUACGUUUUAUUCA